UUUACAGUUUACGGUAAGCGUGUCAUUUCGCGCUCUUGCUUCUACGAGGACUACGACGAUUCCUCCGAUCGCUGCGGCCACGAAACGACCUCGUCCUACAUCAAAACGGUCUUCUGUCAGACGUGUAGCACAGAUGGAUGUAAUGGCGCCAGCGCCUUCUCGCCCUACGUCGCGCUAGUGCUGCUACCACUUGUAACGGUACUGAUGAAGCGGUUCAAAUGAAUAGCAAUGCGGUGGCAACCUAGUUGAGGCUAUUGAGGGCAUAUUCGAAAUUCCGACGUAGCAAUACUUUUAUUUCUUAAAUUAAAAAAAAAAAAAACUCAAAAUUUAUUUUGUACGCAUUAUGUUUUAAGUUUAAGCUUAAAAAAAAAAAUCAUUUCAUCUUAAAUGAAUGAAAUUAUGAGCGAGUAAUUUGACGCUUGUAAAAAUUCUCAAAUAGUAGUUGAAUUGUUUCGAUCUAAGCUCGUAGAAUAAAAUGGCUGGUUGUUUAUAAUUUUAAUAAUAUACACAAAAAAAAACAUCGAUUUUUAAGUUGUAUUUAACGAAAUUCGCACAAAAGUAACCAAAUCGUAGUACUAACUUUCAGCCGUGCGCGACUUUUGCAGAAAUAUUUGUCACAAUUAAAAAAAAAUUUCUUGAAGGCAGCUGCUCCGACAUCACACGUUUACAUGAGCAAUUAUCAGAUAAAGGUUUCCAAUGCAGUGAAUAUUUUAUUCUAAACAAUCAUACAUACAUCUAAUAUUAAAAGUAUGAUUUUGAAACCACGACACCAUUUAAAAU